GGUUUCGCUUAGUUAAACGCGAACACUUACGGACCCUUGACGUCCGGGUCCAGAACGAAAUACUGAACUAAAGCAGAGGACUCGUCGGGCUAUGAAAAACGGGAAAUAGUGUUUUCUCUAAAACGUUUUUACAAAAUGAGUUCCGCCGGCGGUUCCAAAUACCAGUACUUAGCUGCCUUAAGUGUAAAUAUAAUUUCAAUAUCGUAUGGAGCAUUUUGCGGUUGGCCAUCAUCCAGCUUUUUGGAACUGACAGCAGAGGAUAGUCCUCUGGAUACAGGCCCUCUGACAAGUAGGGAUCAGGGAUGGGUGGCGUCGAACAUUUGCCUGGGAGGGCUGUUUGGAACCCUUCUGUUUACAUGGCUGGCAGAUAAAAUUGGCAGGAAAUGGUGCCUAAUGUGGAUGGCAUUGCCAAACCUGCUAGGUUGGGUAAUCAUACCUUUUGCCCGCAACCCGAUGCACUUAAUCAUCGCCCGGUUUAUUGGAGGAGCAGCUGGUGGGGGCUGUUUCACAGUGAUUCCUAUCUAUAUAGCUGAAUUGGCAUCUGACAACAUUCGCGGCACUUUGGGCGUCUUUCUAGUGCUAACUUGCAAUGCUGGGGUGGUUUUGGCCUUCGUCCUUGGCUACUACUUCAACUAUGCCCAAGUGUCCUGGAUUGUCUCCUCGUUAUCCUUCGUGUUUGUGGGCUGCUUCUGGUUCAUGCCGGAGACUCCGCAGCACCUGGCCAAAAUAAACAAGAUCGAGGAGGCAGAGCGCUCUCUGCGCUACUAUCGAAAUAUUAAAACGAAUCCUGCCAAGGAACUGAGUGAGGAGCUGCAACUGGAACUGCAGAAACUAAGGACUACUGAGAAAUCCGAUGCAGAUGCUGAUGGGGACGAUAAUGAAGCUACCGGUGUGACAUGGGCAGACUUCGCUGAGGGCAAGACCCGGAAGGCUUUCCUGAUCGGAUUCGGACUAAUAAGCUUCAAUCAGCUCUGCGGAUGCUUCGCGAUGCUGAAUUACACAGCUGAGAUUUUCAAGCAGGCGGGAUCUAGCAUUGAGCCUACGAUGGCUGCCAUCAUAGUGGGUUUCAUCCAAUUACUUGGAACCUAUACAUCCACUGUGUUAGUGGAGCGAUUGGGCCGGAAGCUAUUGCUUCUGGUUUCGGCAGUGGGAAUCGGACUGGGCCAGAGUGCCAUGGGCAUUUAUAGCUACUUCCAGGUAUUAGGAUGGCAUGUGUCGACAUUUAGUUGGGUGCCCAUUGCCGGAUUUUCGUUCAUGUUGUUCCUGGCCGCAGUGGGUCUGCUGUCCUUGCCUUUCCUGGUGAUAUCGGAGAUAAUGCCGCAGAAGAUUAGGAGCACUGCGAUAAUGCUGCUCAUGUCGGUGCUUUGGUUGAUUUCGACCUGCGCCAUCAAGCUUAUUCCCGCCUUCAUUGAGUCGCUUGGCAUGCAUGGGACCGUCUUCAUGUUCGCCAGUUUAUCCUUCUCAGCAGCUGUGUUCAUCGCCGUGUUUGUGCCCGAAACCAAGGGCAAGUCAGUUGAAGCCAUCUUGGCCAGCCUUUAGUAUUAAUAGUUAAUUUUGUUAUUGUUUUCAAUAAAAUCGAAAUCAAAAUCCA